UGAUCCCAAUUUUCACAAACUUCAUCAAAACUACUCAUCCUUCUUCACCAACAAUACUUUGUCCUCUGGAGAUUUCAGAUUAUAUGAUAGUUAUGAAGCACGAUUUGCUUUGGACACAAGAACAUAUAAUAUUUUUCAUGAAAAGUACCAAAAAGUUGCGAAAACUCUAGUGUUGGUUAACUGUGAAAGAGUAGUGAAGAAUUCUUCUUACAUUGAUGCAACUCCUUGCAUAUUAAAGAGUAAUAAUAGCAGUUUUAUUUGGUCUUAUUAUCUAUUGGAUAUUGCUGAAAUGAGUCCUUCUGAGUUGGAGGAGUCCUGUUGGGUACAACAAGUGAGUCUCGUAGAUGAAACAAGCUUUCAAGGAUCCAAACCUUCCUGUUAUGACAUCAACAAGCAGCUAGCUCUAGGGUUUCAGCUUUCAUGGAUCCAAAGCUUUGACAAAACAGAAGGGAUUCGACAAAUUUGUCGCCUCAACGAAAAGUCCAACAAAGUUAGUUGUUGUUAUUAUUUUUCUACAUGCAUAUUUAGAGAAACGUUCAGACCAAAUGAAAGAAAUCAAAAGUGUGAUUCGUCCGAAAUAUUUUUGAGCAAUGUUAUGUUUUGCACAAAAUAUUACUUAUGCAAUAUAGGAAGCUACAUAUAUAUUGCCGGAUUCUUGGCAGCAAUAAGAACACUACCUGGAUUUUCAUGGACUGCUGCAUCACAUUUUUUCCUUUAUUAUUUCCUAUAAUCUUAACAUUUGACCAUCUAAUUAACAAUUAAGUUGAUUAUAGAAUUUUAAAUAACAUGACUUAGGGUAAUAACAUGAUAUGGAACAUACAUCUAACUUUUUUAUUUUUUAUAAUGUUGAUAAUAAUGUUUAGGUUAAUAUUUUGACUGGUCUUGAAGCAUUGGAUCGGUAGCUAAUUGCAAGAGGGAUGAUUUUAGAAAGAAAUUCAUGGCAGCCAAUCCUUACUUUGGAAAGGCAGUGACGAGGAUGAGUACAAGGAAAAGAAGAAGAAAUAUAUGUUGUUUGACAAUGAAUUUAGUGUUUUAUUAUAUUUGUAAUUUUUAUUAGAGUAAAUGAUUCUUGUUUCAAUGGUUAAUUAUUUACUUUGUAAAUCUAGUUACAUAUUUUUUAAGGUCAAAACGAUUAUAAUUUUAAUAA